CUUAAAGGGCCGUGGGGCCUCCCUGAGCACGUACCGAAGGACGGGCAGACAGACAGACACCUGUGGACACCAUGGCGAGCCCCUGCGUGGAGCUGAGCAACAAGAUGAAGAUGCCCAGCCUGGGGCUAGGCACUUGGCAGGCUCCUCCUGGAAAGGUGGAAGAGGUGGUGAAGCAUGCUAUCGAUGUAGGCUACCGCCUCUUUGACUGUGCCUAUUUCUACCAGAAUGAAAAUGAGAUAGGGAAUGCAGUCCAGCAGAAGAUCAAGGAGGGGGCUGUGAAACGGGAGGACCUCUUCAUUGUCACCAAGUUGUGGAACACGUUUCAUGAGAAGUCCCUGGUUAAGGUGGCAUGCAAGAAGAGCCUUGAUGCACUGCAACUGGACUACCUUGACCUCUACCUGAUUCACUUCCCUAUGGGAUUCAAGGCUGGUGAGGAACUGCAGCCUCUGGAUGACAAGGGUAUGAGUAUCCCCAGUGAUACUGAUUUUCUGGAUACAUGGGAGGCCAUGGAAGAGCUGGUGGACUGUGGCCUGGUAAAAGCUAUUGGUGUCUCCAACUUUAACCAUGAGCAGAUUGAAAGAAUCUUGAACAAGCCGGGACUGAAAUACAAGCCCGUAAAUAACCAGAUCGAGUGUCAUCCAUACCUCACCCAGGAAAAGUUGAUCAAGUACUGUCAGUCCAAAGGGAUUGCUGUGACUGCAUACAGCCCCCUUGGCUCUCCUAAUCGCCCCUGGGCCAAGCCAGGGGACCCUUCACUUCUGGAUGAGCCCAAGAUUAAAGAGAUUGCAGCUAGACAUCAUAAAACCCCUGCCCAGGUUUUGAUCCGGUUUCUCAUCCAAAGAGAUGUGAUUGUCAUUCCCAAGUCUGACAAACCACAGCGUGUUGAGGAAAACAUAAAGGUAUUUGACUUUGAACUGUCGAAAAAGGAGAUGGAUGUCAUCCUCAGCUUCAACAGGAACUGGAGGGCAGUUCCAGCACUCCAUGCUGUCAAUCACAAGGACUACCCAUUCAAAGCAGAAUAUUAAUGCCACUGGUUUCUGCAAGACCUCUGCUUAACUCCUUCCAGAUUAGAGGAUGUAUGCUGUAGCUGAGGCCUGAGGAAUCUUUCUGGUUUUGACAAUCACUAAGAGGAGUUACUUAUCCUCCUUUUUUAGUAUGGUAUAAAAAUGCUUCAGUAGGAAUGGGUCUUUUGUCACGAUGGUUAGCAGAAAUCUGGUUUUGAUUUCUAGUAGAAAGACAAUGUCUCUUCAUUUCCUUUUUUCAUUGUCCUCCUUAAUUAAAGACAUGUUUAACAAAAAACUUUGGUUACUUACAAGAUUUUGUAUAUGUAAUUUCCAGUGCAGUCAGUACUACUGGCUCAUAAGCUGCUGUCAAGGAAUCCUGUCUUUAAUUACUUUGCUUUUUUAUAUAGCUGUGAUUUUUAUAGUAUGAAUCUCUAAUGCUUUAAUAUUUUAUAUUAAUAAAAUUUU